AUGGACAGCGGAAAAAUAACUCAUUCGCAGUCUCAGCCCGGUGGUAUAGACAGAACACCACCAGGCACUCCAAAAAAGGGUGGGAAAAUGUUAGCAAUAAGGGUUCAAAUGUUGGAUGAUACUGUUACCCUUUUUCAAAUACAGGCUAAAGCUUUGGCCCGAGUAUUAUUUGACCAAGUUUGCAGUCAAUUACAUCUUUUGGAAUCUGAUUAUUUCGGAUUAGAAUAUCAGGAAAUGAAUGGAACAAAAUAUUGGUUAGAUUUAGAAAAACCUCUUUCCCGGCAAGUAGGACUCUCAUUAGUGGACACAAUGGUGAAGUUUUGCGUUAAAUUUUAUACCCCAGAUCCUUCUCAAUUAGAAGAAGAGUUCACUAGAUAUUUGUUUUGCUUGCAAAUCAAAAGAGAUCUCUCACAAGGUUUGUUGCAAUGUAAUGGUAAUACUGCAGCACUUAUGGCAUCUUAUAUUGUACAAGCCGAAUGCGGAGAUUAUGUUGCUGAAGAUUAUCCCGAUUAUCGGUAUUUAUCAACCUAUAAGUUUAUGCCUAAUCAAGACCAAGAACUUGAAAAGCGCAUAAUGGAAAAUCACAAAAAGCAUGCAGGACAAUCACCUGCUGAGGCUGAUUUAAAUUUACUAGAGACUGCGAGACGAUGUGAGCUUUACGGAAUUAAAAUGCAUCCGGCAAAGGAUCACGAAGGCGUACCUUUAAAUCUUGCUGUGGCUCACAUGGGAAUAGUAGUGUUUCAAAAUUUUACUAAAAUUAACACGUUUUCUUGGGCGAAAAUUCGAAAAAUUUCAUUUAAACGAAGAAGAUUUUUGGUUAAACUUCACCCGGAAGGAUACGGAUAUUAUAAAGAUACGGUGGAGUUUUUUUUCGAAGGUAGAAACGAAUGUAAAAAUUUUUGGAAAAAAUGCGUCGAAAAUCAUGGAUUUUUUAGAUGUUCUGUUGUUAAAAAAGUUCCGAGGCAUAAAACAAGAGUUCUUAGUAGAGGAUCAUCAUUUAGCGGACGAACUCAAAAACAAAUAGUAGACUUUGUACGAGAAAAUUAUGUGAAAAGACAAACAUUUCAAAGUCACGAUUCUUACGAAUUGUUAGAAAAAGAGUUGGAUGUUUUUAAUAACGAAUCGGGGGUUGAAGAAAAACCGAAAGAAGAUGAUAGUGAAAUCUGCAGAGCUAGGUCGUACAGUUGGGGAUCAGAUAAAUGUCUGCUCGAACAAGGACCUCUCUAUAGCAAUAUCGAUCCCGCGUACGUGAGGUUUAGAGAUAACGGUUUUCGGUCAUUGGAAAGGGAAAAAAAUACAAAAUAUUAUAACGAUGGGGAUUUUAGAUCUCUCGAUAGGAAUACUUUUAAAAAAUUAAGUAAUAGGGACAACAAAGAAAGUAAAAUUGUUUCUGGGGCUCUCAAACACACCAUAGAUGGGUCAGAGAAUUUUGACGGAACUCAUUUAGUUACGAACAAGGUGAUUUGUAAAAAUGCUAAGAACGGUCGCUCCGGAAUCACACCUAAGAACAAAUUAAACGAAUCCGAAUCGAAGAAAAAACGUUAUAAUGCAGACAAAGGUUAUUUUAUGAUAAAAGAACUUUUGUCCACCGAAAGAACGUACAAGAAAAAUUUGGAAGUUAUUAACAAAUGGUUUCACGAUGAAGUAUCGAAAUCUGAAGACGAUAUGCCAGACGAUGUUUUAAAUGGACUCUUCAAUUUAUUUGAUCCAUUAAAUAUAGCACAUUCUCAAUUUUUAAAGGAUUUAGAACAUAGAAUGGCUACGUGGGAAGGAAAAAGCAAUAAUAUUCCAAAAAGAGAAAUACAACAAAUCGGAGAAUUAAUACUUAAUCAUUUUAACAUUUUACCGUUGUACGUUAAAUAUUUGGAUAAACAUCUUCUUAUUCUCGAAAGAUUGGAUGCUGCUUUUAGAAAAAAUAAAAAAUUUGAGAUUUUGUAUCGGGAUUUUGAACUUCAAAGAGUUUGUUACCUUCCAUUAUCGUCAUUUAUAAUGAAACCACUUCAAAAGUUAAUUCAUUACAAUAGUUUAUUGCAACGAAUGAUUAUGCAUUACGGACCUGAUUAUUCGGAUUAUAAAGAUUUUUCAAUAGCUCAAAAGAAAUUACAACCGGUUUUAGAAAAUAUAUCAACCGUAUUGAGAGUUUCGGAAAACUUUGUACAAUUGAGCGAACUACAAAGAGACAUGCCGAGUUUUGAAGGCCUUCUUCAAGGGGGAAGAGAAUUUAUCAGACAAGGUUGUUUAUUAAAACAUUCGAAAAAAGGAUUUCAACAGAGAAUGUUUUUCUUGUUUUCGGACAUUUUAGUUUAUUCAAACAGAUGUACGACUCCAAGUCUUCAGUUUAAAGUCAACGGUCAAAUGCCAUUGAGAGGCGUAAUGAUCGAACAAUCGGACGAUAAAAUGGGAACAAAUUUUACUUUUACUAUUUACGGUGGAAACAGAACUUUGAUCGUGGCAGCAAGCAGUCAAGAAGAAAAAGAAAGAUGGUUGGAAGAUUUAUACGAGGCUGUUCAAAAUGCGAGAGAAAAAAACGAUGGAAAAACAUUAAAAUAUUUGAGUUUGAAAUCUUGCAGUUCGUCGGACGAAGUAAUUGAUAAAGUCGACGAUGAGGGAAAUUUAAAUCGAAAUAAUAAAAAUUCUCAACAGAGAAGCAACACGACGGUUCACGUUUGCUGGCAUAGAAACACGUCGACCAGCAUCGGGGAUCAUUUGAAAUCCUACGAAAACGAAUUGAGUGGAUUUUUAUUGAGAAAAUUUAAAAAUUCAAACGGUUGGCAAAAAUUGUGGGACGAGUCUCCAUUGGCUAGCCUUCCACUUUUGGGUUACAGUAUAACGAUUCCAGAAGAAGAAGACGAAAUAAAAAAGGAUUAUGUUUUUAAACUUCAAUUUAAAAAUCACGUUUAUUUUUUCAGAGCGGAAAGUGAUUACACGUUUUCAAGGUGGAUGGAAGUAAUAAGGAGUUCGACAAAAAACACAUUUAACAACGUAAAUAAUUAUUAA